GUGACGCCAUCGGUAGUGCUGUUGAGAGAAUAGUGCUGGAGUGUUUGGAUUAGCUGCCAAAUCAAGUGACUGCGAAGUGCAAGUGUGAGCCUGGAAGAUGCGGUGCAGUUGUUUGUGAGCACCACAAUGCGUCCACGUAGAAAACAUUCAGAGGAUCCCAACAGUAACAGGGCUGUUGAAACUAAGGUGAAGGCGUCGCGCAAAGCAGCAGUUUUGGACACUGAUAGAGGAGUUAAAAAGACCAAGGUUGAAGAGGUGUUAGUGAGCGAAAGUGCCAGAGUGGCAACCAAUCAAAAGAGCAACCCCUCCUCGGGGGACGACAACCAACCCAAAGUGCAAGUGGAUAGGAGGAAGAAAGAUGCAGUUGGUUCCCUUCAUGGGGCAACCUUGGUUAUGGCCAAGCCCAUUCAUGAGACUCCAUCCAUGGCCAGAACUAUGGAGGAUGAGCCCCACAAUCUGUAUGAUCCAGAGGCCAAUAUAGAAGGGUAUAGCGACGAAGACUUGUACCGAGGAGAAGACGAGAUUGAGAAGGAUAAAAAAAAGAAGGACACAAAGUCUGGCACCCAGUUCCUAGUCCCUAGUGCAGGAGAUGGAGUCAGUGUGGAAGAUGCUGUGGACCUUCUGACUUACAGUGAGAGUGAAUGGAAGGGUAACACUACAAAAAGUACCCUCAUCAGAAAGGGGUACACCAAGGUGUCAGAGAGGUUUCAGGGCCUCCGAAGAGUCAGGGGAGACAAUUACUGCGCCCUGAGGGCCACCCUCUUCCAGAUACUAACCCUGUCUAAGCAGGUGUCCACCCGGCUCAAGAACAAUCACAUCACUUCGAAGCUCUUGGCAAAUGAAGAUAUGAUUGGACGAUGGAAGUUCCCAUUUGAAAGUAGUACCAAAAACACUACUGCGGACACUGUGGCCCAGCUGAAAGUCUACUUGGAGCUCCUCAGGGACAGGUGGCAGGCCGCAGUGGAGGCCCGCAGUGCAGAGGAGAGGGAGGAGCUAUGUCAGCAGGUGUUCCAGGGUGAUGAGGAGUACAGUCUUCUAGAGGCUCUCAAGUUUCUCAUGCUGCAGACAGCCGUGGAGCUGCACCUCCUGAUGGAGGAGAGCGCCGCGUCCGUCCCGGAGUUCUGCUGGUUGCUCUUUGCUCGCGAUUCGUCCAGCUGUCCUGGAACGUUCCUGAAAAACCACCUAAGACAUGUGGGCUUCAGCGGAGGCCUGGAGCAGGUAGAGAUGUUCCUGCUUGGCUACUCAUUAGAACACACCAUACAGGUCUACAGACUCUACAAGUCUGACACACAGGAGUUCGUCACCUACUACCCCGAUGACCACAGGAAAGACUGGCCAUGUGUUUCUCUGGUUACAGAGGAUGACAGACACUACAAUGUCCCUGUGGCCUAGCAGAACAAACUACAUCUCCCAGAAUUCCACAUGGUGCUUUGAAAGUGAGGAAUGGAAAAUCUUAGCCCAUGAACACUUCCAUCUUGGAAUUACACUGAACAGGGAAGAUUCAAAUAACUGACAAUAUCAGUUUAUGGACACUUGGGAAGAAUAAGAGAGAGGGAAUGUAAAGGAGAGGCUUGUAGACAUUUUUGAAAUGAGUAUGAUGUGUGCCUAAUCUAAAAGUGAAUUGCUUUUCAGUUUAAUCAGAAUAAAUCUCAGGAUGAGAGGUAUCCCAAAUGCUCAUUUAGGAGUCUGGUUUAAGCCUUAAAUGAGACAAUUGAAGACAUUGGCCCUGAUUCAUGAAACCUGCGGAUCGUAAAAUGAACGUACGAUCAUUUCACCGAGCUGGUAUUCAUCAAUAUCAAUAAUAAUCGAUUAUUAUCUUUGUCGUAUACAUAGGAUCAAACUCGCGUCUGGUCAGAGACCGUGUAAAUCAAUGUCACACUUGAUUUGCAAUAAGACCAUAAUUAUCACGAAAAACAGUAUAUAAUAAUAGGUAAUAUAGUAUAAUUAUAGUAUAAUUGUAAUAAUAGUAUAAUUACAAUAAUAGGUAAUAUAAAAUAAGAUGACGAGGAAUAACACACAAACGUACCACAAUAUAAAAUAGUGUAUCACUACCGUAGGCUUUUAUUUUAUUAUUUAUUUCACUUCAUAUUCAGCAUUUUCUCUCUGUUCAUGUGUUGUAAGGUAUGACAUGUCUUUGGGUGUAAUGCACUAGACAAACUUCGCCUUGCUUUUCCUAAGUCACUCAGGCCAUGGAGAUCAUAAAUGGUCGUUAUAACGUCGGUGGCUGGCAUCUUGAUUAGCUAACUGGUCUUCAAUUGACUAAUCAGAGGAUAAAUAAACCAGUGGUUCUGGGUCGAGCAGUUACCCUAAUGAUGACAGAGCUUGCUCUUUUAAAGACCUUCGACUCUGGGCUGGUUUCGUCGGGGAGAAUGAUGAAUGGUUAAUUAGAUGUUUCAGGCUAUAAUUCUAGAAAUCAGGCUAGAAAUCUGUUAAUUCAUAGGCUGCUGAUCGCCACACCCACAUAAAUUACAGUUGUGCCAUUUGUAAAUAAGGUGAUUGUAAGUCUUUCCCAGCGUUCAAAUCUGAAAUCUUUUCUGGGAAGGUUUCAUGAAUUAAGGCCAUUGCUACGAAGAAGUACUGCAGUCAUAGCUACCGGUCAUCUAUAAUUAAAAAAUAAACAAAAAGCUGCAAGACAUCCAACAUAGUACUUGAAACAGUAGCUCUUUAAUUCUUGGCAUUAGACUUUUAUUUCCUUUUCACUUUUCAGUAAUGUUUUUCUUUAUAAAUUAUGUACAUUAGGUAUAGGAUUUGACAAGUACCUGUGCAAUAAUAUUAAGCAAGAAAAAUGAACCUUUUGGAAUGAUUAAUAAUCAGUGAAUAUGCUCCACUCACCACUUUGUAAGAAAGGUUAUUGUAGAUAGAUUUUCCAACUUUAUUCUGUAAAACAUGAAAGUAAUUAGAUUAUUAAUUGGUUGUGGUGGGUCCAGUGUUUCAUUUUUUACAAUAAUUAAACGUUUAUUUUGCUCAUUUGA